GCCUCUUUCUCUUUUUCCUUUUAUCCCUAACCCUAUCCCAAUUUUCAAUAGACUGAGCAGAUUCAGAGCAAAAUAAGUCCCUGAAUCCCUCCUCCGAGCAAGAUGCUGCUUCUGAACCACCCAACGGCGGCAGCCGCCACCAAUGCCGCACUCUUCCCCCGCCGUCCACGCAGCGAUCUCUCUCCAGAUCUGUCCCUUCCGCUGCGGUCCUUCCCAUCUGGAUCCGGACUUUCGAGCUCCCCUCUUCUCCCGCCGCUCACCACUUCCGGCAACCCCGUCUCUCGCUGCAUCGCGCGCGCAUUCCCAUGGAGUCCCCGCAAAAAUGAAAUCGUGGAGUACGAGAAGCGCCCGAAGGAGAAGUGGAUUCGUUAUUUCGAGAAACUCGCUGCCGUGCGGAAUCCGGAGAAGGGAGUUGCUGCGGCGUUGAAUGGUUAUGAGAGUAAGGGAAAGAGGGUCAACACAAUUUAUCUUUUUCGUGCGGCCAGGAUGUUGUGCAAGGCGAAGCUUUACAAGCACGCUCUUGAGGUAUAUAGAUGGAUGGAAAGCAAACCACCAGACACGUACCCAGUAACCACAAAAGACAGAGCCUUUAAGUUAGACCUGAUAUUCCAGGCGCAUGGAGCUUCAAGCGCUGAAGAUUACUUCAUGUCACUGAAAGAAUCUGUUAGGGACAGGCUGGUACAUGGUGCACUUUUAAAAGUCUAUGUCGAUUGCAAAAUGAAGGAAAAAGCGGAAUCUUUAUAUGCUACAAUGAAAGAAAAAGGUAUGGUAGACUCUGCACUUUUUACAAAUGUUAUGAUGACACUGUACACAGGCAUCGGAGAAUUCGACAAGGUGGAUCCAAUAAUUUCAGAAAUGAAAAAGAAAGGCUUCUCGUUAGACGCGUGUUCAUACAAUAUCUGGUUAACAUCACUCGGGGCUCGAAGGUCUUUUGAAAAGAUGGAUCAAGUCUUUGAUUCGAUGAAGAAGAGGGCCAGCAUUGAUAUUGGAUGGGAUACAUAUAGUAUCAUGGCUGCAGUGUAUAUUAAGAUGGGAUAUUUUGAAAGUGCUGAAGAGUGUUUGAAACAGGUAGAGGGCAAAAUCGAUGGUCAAAACCGCACCCCUUAUGAUCACCUCAUUAGUCUCUAUGGUGCUCUUGGUAAACCCAGAGAUGUCCACCGUCUUUGGAUUGAUUACAAGUCAAAAUUUACAACUUUGUUGGAUACAGAUUACCGUGAGGUAAUUAAAUCCUUGUUGAGAUGUGGUGAUGUUGAAGGUGCUGAAGUUAUUUAUGAUGAAUGGUUAUCAACAAAGCCAACACCAUACGACCCGCGCAUAGGAAAUCUUCUAUUGGCGUGCUAUGUGAAGAAUGGGGAAACAGAGAAAAUCAAAGCGUUCUUCAAACAAAUGGCCGAAUUGGGAGGGAACCAAAAUCCAAAAACGUGGGAGAUUCUAGCCACCCAUGAGAUCAGAGGGAAAAGAGUUGCAGAGGCUUUGUCUUGCUUGAAAGUAGCUGUUUCUGUUAACCAAUCAAAAAAAUGGAAACCAGAACGCGCCCUCGUGUCUUCUAUUCUCAAGAGCUGUGAGGAAGAAGGUGAUGCUGCAAGUAAGGAGAUGUUAUUUGAGGUGUUGAAGGAAACUGGGUAUCUGCAUGAUGAAAUGGAGAAGGGUGCUGAAAAUGGAGAAGGGAUACAAUCUGCGUGAGACAAAGCCGAGCCAUCAUUUAUCGAACCUUUGCAGUGCCGGAGCCCCAACACAAUUUGGGUUGGGGGGAGGGGCAAUUUAGUCCAAGAAUGUGAAGACCAAAAUUUCCUGUUUCAGAAAUAAAAGUGUCAUCUUUGUGCUGUGUUGGUGAUGAUGGCUUUGGACUACUGAAUAUUAGUGACUGUCAAGUGUAGAUUGCUGAAUUGGUAUGAUUGGACCAAUGUAAUGCACACUUUAGUGUGAUGAGCUUAUGAUCUUCUCUCAACUUUUCUGAGUUUUUUCUAUAUUUUUCCCCCCUAAAAAACAAGUUCAAUAUGAUGCACAUUUUGGCACCUGUUCGACUAUCUUUUAUUCAAAACCUUUUAGUCCCACUCUGGUUCAUGAGUUCUGAAUUCUUUGUGGAAUUGACUGCAACUCUUCUGCUAAUAGACAACAUCAAGGGGG